ACCUUUGCGUUAGCAUAAAAAAGGCUUUGAAAUUUGAAGGUAAGAUAAGAUGACGAACUUGAAUGUGGUGACUCCUGAAGAGUCAUGUAUUAACACGCUUAUUGCUGUAGCGUCCAUUUCAAACUCGCCUGUGUUACCAAGAACAGUAGUAGUGCCAGAAUCACUGGCUGCGUUUGGUGGGUUUUUGGGACUGCCCCACAUGAAAAGGUUGGAAGGAGCUAAAGUUAGCACAUGGAUUGAUUCAAUGAGAGCUUCUUCUCCAACGCGUGUCAAAUCUAGUUUACCACCUGCUUCUGAAAACCAAGAAAAAAGUUCUUGGAUUCUCUAUCAUCCUUCAGCGCUGAACAUGUUUGAUCAGAUAAUAUAUAACUCGAAAGGAAAGCAGACAGUAAUUUUCCUUGACUACGAUGGAACUCUCUCCCCGAUCGUUGCAGAUCCAGAUAAAGCCUUCAUGACUAGAAAGAUGAGAGCCACGCUAAAGGACAUAGCAAGACAUUUUCCCACAGCCAUCGUCACCGGAAGGUGCAGAGACAAGGUAUAUAACUUUGUUAAAUUGGCAGAACUGUAUUACGCAGGAAGCCAUGGCAUGGACAUCAAGGGGCCAACAAAAAGCCAAAGUCCUAAGAAAGGUAAUGAUGAAUCAGUGUUGUUCCAACCUGCGAGUCAAUUCCUGCCCAUGAUUGAUGAGGUGCACAGGAUCUUGUUAGAAAAAACAAAGUCUGUCCCAGGGGCUAAGGUAGAGAACAAUAAGUUUUGCUUGUCCGUGCACUUCCGUUGUGUUGAGGAAAAGAGUUGGGCAGCGUUGGCGGAGAAAGUUAGAUUGGUGCUCAAUGAGUACCCAAAACUUAGGCUCACCCAAGGGAGAAAAGUGCUAGAGAUUCGUCCAACCAUCAAAUGGGACAAGGGCAAGGCUCUUGAAUUCUUAUUAAAAUCGUUAGGAUACGAGAAUUCUGAUGACGUAUUUCCAAUCUAUAUUGGUGAUGACCGAACGGAUGAGGAUGCGUUUAAGGUUUUGCGCGGUAGGGGUCAAGGGAUUGGGAUUCUUGUUUCUAGAGUUCCAAAAGAAACAGACGCUUCCUACACAUUACAAGAUCCAUCCGAGGUUGAGCAAUUUUUGCGGCGUUUGGUGGAGUGGAAAAGAUCAAGUACCGUGACACCCACAAGUGUAUAA